AUGUCGUCUACGACUCUACAGCUUAAACUGCGAAGGGUGGUGUCCAUGAAGUUACCUUCAAUUUAUCGGAUCGGGUUAUCGGGUACCUUGAACUUGAAGAGCUAUAGCUUGUGUUCGAUUCUGAGGGGCUCUGCUCUCCAGUCUCCGCGUCCCCAUUAUGGGGAUAACUAUAGGAGGAAUCCAGAAUGGAGGUCUCCGCAAGCGGCUCUAAUACCUAAUUUCCAUCUUCCAAUGCGCAGUUUGGAGGUUAAAAAUAGGACAUCGGCAGAGGAUAUAAAGUCUCUUAGAUUGAUAACAGCAAUCAAAACUCCAUACCUACCUGAUGGUAGAUUUGAUCUAGAAGCAUAUGAUGAUUUGUUGAACAUGCAGAUUGUCAAUGGAGCUGAAGGUGUUAUUGUCGGUGGCACAACUGGUGAAGGCCAAUUGAUGAGCUGGGAUGAACAUAUAAUGCUUAUUGGCCAUACAGUCAACUGUUUUGGAGGAAAAGUCAAGGUAAUUGGAAACACCGGAAGCAAUUCCACAAGGGAAGCAAUUCAUGCCUCUGAACAGGGUUUUGCUGUUGGGAUGCAUGCUGCUCUUCACAUUAAUCCUUACUAUGGCAAAACCUCGUUGGAGGGCAUGGUUUCUCACUUUGAAAGUGUACUAUAUGGCCCCAGCAUCAUUUACAAUGUGCCUUCACGGACUGGCCAAGAUAUUCCCCCACGUGUGGUUCAAACUAUAGCCCAGAGUGCCAACUUGGCUGGUGUCAAGGAGUGUGUUGGAAAUGAUCGGGUUGAACUGUAUUCAGAGAAUAGGAUAGUGGUGUGGAGUGGGAAUGAUGAUCAAUGCCAUGAUGCUAGAUGGAGCCAUGGGGCAACUGGGGUGAUAUCUGUUACUAGCAACUUGGUUCCUGGUUUGAUGAGGGAACUCGUGUUUGGAGGAAAGAACCCGUCACUGAAUGCGAAGCUCAUGCCUCUGAUUGAGUGGCUCUUUCAGGAGCCAAAUCCUAUUGGCUUAAACACAGCUCUUGCUCAACUUGGAGUCGUAAGGCCAAUUUUCAGGCUCCCAUACGUGCCUCUUCCUCUGGCAAAGAGGGUAAAAUUUGUUGAUUUGGUGGAGGAAAUUGGACGGGAGAAUUUUGUCGGAGAAAAAGAUGUUCAGGUUCUUGAUGACGAUGACUUUAUACUAGUCCGUCGGUAUUAACCUAUUUUUCUUGCUCUAGAUCCUUGUUUUGGGUUUAGAAGUGCUAGUUGGAGUUUUUUUUUUUUUUUUUUUGGAUUUUUUACCCAUUAUAAAGUCAUAAUGCAGUUUCUUGAUGCA